CUCUCUUCCCUUUCAGGAGAAGGGGAGAAGAGGCAGCAGAUACAUGCCCCCAGGGUUUCGUUUCUCUUCCCAAAUUACCCCCGCCAAUUUCCCUCCAUACCCCUCUCCAUCUCCAUCUCCAUCUCCUCCCAGGCCUCUCUCUUCUUUCCUUCUCUCUCUACAAAAAAACACAGGAAAUAAUAAUAAUAAAAAUUCAAGAUAAUAAGAAAAACCCCAUUCCAGUCUGCAGCUCGAAAUAAUCGUUCCAGGUAAGAAAAAUCACCUUUUCCUGUUUUGCCCUUCUUUGAUUUUCUCCCCCACCAAAAAGAAAGAAAAAGACGAUUCAAUCCCUUACCUAGAUUCGUUAUAUAUCUUCUUAUAUUUAGUCCUUUGAAUCCAUAUCUCUCUCUGUAUUCCGCAAUUCGAUGCCCUUAUGAUUAGGGUUUUUUAUUUGCAAUUCUAGGGUUUCUAUUUGUCCAUUUUUUCUAUUAAUUGGUGAGAAUUCGGAGCUCUAAUUUCGAGAUGAGUCGAAGAGUUCGGCGGAAAGGUUCUCACUCCAGAGAGAAGGAUAAAUCAAUCUCUCACAGGGAUUCUUGUAUCUGCGACGUCCCGUCCCAGUCGGAUUCGAGAAUAGAGGUCGAUUGGACAUGUCUACCUGACGACACCGUCGUCCAGCUGUUUUCCUACCUGAAUUACAGGGACCGAGCCAGCAUGGCGUCGACCUGCCGGACGUGGCGGGCACUUGGCUCGUCUCCCUGCCUCUGGACCUCCCUUGACCUCCGGGCUCACAGGUGCGAUGCUGUGGCCGCUUCAUCCCUCGCCUCGCGCUGCGCCAACCUCCAGAAGCUCCGGUUCCGUGGGGCAGACUCCGCCGGCGCGGUCAUGUACCUGCAGGCCCGUGGCCUUCGUGAGAUCAGCGGCGACUUUUGCCGGGACAUCACCGAUGCAGCGCUUUCUGUCAUGGCAGCCCGCCACGAGGUGCUUGAGAGCCUCCAGAUUGGCCCAGACUUCUGUGAGAGGAUCAGCAGUGAUGCCAUCAAGCUGGUUGCCCAAUGCUGCCCCAAGUUGAGGAGGCUCCGGCUCUCAGGCGUCCGGGACGUAGACGGGGAGGCCAUCAAUGCGCUGGGGAGGCAUUGCAAGCAGCUGGCUGAGAUUGGGUUUGUGGACUGUGGGAAUGUUGAUGAGGCCGCACUGGGGAAUGCAGUCUCUGUUCGGUUCCUCUCGGUUGCAGGGACCCGGAACAUGAAAUGGAGCUUGGCCAUGCAGCUCUGGAGCAAGCUGCCGAACUUGGUUGGCAUUGACGUUUCGAGGACCGACAUCGCCCCGAGUGCUGUUUCAAGGCUAUUGUCUUCAUCGCAUAACUUGAAGGUGUUUUGUGCUUUGAAUUGCACGGUUCUGGAAGAAGCAGGUAACUACUCAGCAUAUAAUGUCAAGGGAAAGUUGCUGCUCACCAUUUUCACAGACAUUUUUAAAGGUCUAGCUUCAUUAUUCGCUGAUACCACCAUGAAAGAACGGAAUGUCUUUUGGGAGUGGAGUACUUCGAGGAACGGUGUUGGGUACGUAGGGGAUGUUAUGAAUUGGCUCCAGUGGGCUCUUUCACACUCGCUUCUUCGUGUUGCGGAGACUAAUCCACAAGGGAUGGAUAAUUUCUGGCUGGCACAAGGUGCAGCCCUUUUGCUCAGCUUGAUGCAGAGCUCACAAGAGGAUGUUCAAGAAAGAGCAGCAACGGGACUUGCCACCUUUGUUGUCAUUGAUGACGGAAAUGCGACUGUUGAUUGUGGAAGGGCAGAGGCAGUUAUGCGGGAUGGUGGGAUACGACUGCUCUUAGAUCUUGCUAGAUCUAGUAGGGAAGGUGUCCAGUCAGAAGCAGCGAAGGCUAUAGCAAACUUGUCCGUGAAUGCUAAAGUUGCAAAAGCUGUCGCAGAAGAAGGUGGAAUCAGCAUCCUUGCUGAUCUUGCUAGGUCUAAGAACAGAUUGGUUGCUGAAGAGGCUGCCGGGGGACUCUGGAAUCUUUCUGUUGGAGAGGAGCACAAGGGUGCCAUUGCGGAGGCAGGUGCUGUAAAAGCUCUUGUCGAUCUUAUUUUCAAAUGGGAUUCUGGUGGUGAUGGAGUUCUUGAACGAGCUGCUGGGGCACUUGCAAAUUUGGCAGCUGAUGAGAAAUGUAGCAUGGAGGUUGCAGUGGCAGGUGGUGUCCAAGCUUUGGUGAUGCUUGCACGGAAAUGCAAGUUCGAGGGAGUGCAGGAGCAGGCUGCUCGUGCCUUAGCUAAUCUGGCUGCUCAUGGUGAUAGUAACAGUAACAAUGCUGCUGUUGGACAAGAGGCAGGUGCACUCGAAGCACUGGUGCAACUUACUUGUUCUCAUCACGAAGGUGUCAGACAGGAAGCUGCUGGUGCCUUGUGGAAUUUAUCCUUCGACGACAGAAAUCGAGAAGCAAUUGCUGCAGCUGGUGGUGUUGAGGCUUUGGUUGCUCUGGCACAAACUUGCUCAGAUGCUUCCCAAGGUCUUCAAGAAAGAGCUGCGGGCGCUUUGUGGGGAUUGUCAGUUUCAGAAGCUAAUAGCAUUGCAAUUGGACGAGAAGGGGGCGUUGCACCUCUCAUCGCACUUGCACGCUCAGAUGCUGAAGAUGUCCAUGAGACUGCUGCAGGGGCACUAUGGAAUCUUGCAUUUAAUCCAGGUAAUGCUCUUCGUAUAGUGGAAGAAGGGGGCGUUCCAGCCCUCGUACAUCUUUGUUCUUCGUCGGCAUCUAAAAUGGCUCGCUUCAUGGCUGCAUUGGCGCUUGCUUACAUGUUUGAUGGGAGAAUGGAUGAAGUUUCGUUGACAGGGUCAUCAUCAGAAGGCAUAUCAAGGAGCGUAAGCUUAGAUGGUGCUAGAAGGAUGGCAUUGAAACAUAUUGAAGAAUUCGUGUUGACAUUUUCAAAUCACCAAACCUUCUCAGCUGCGGCUGCAUCUUCUGCUUCUGCAUCCUUGGCACAAGUAGCUGAAUCAGCACGUAUACAAGAAGCAGGACAUCUUAGAUUGGAGCUGAGAUUGGGAGAUUUGUUGCUAUGCUUCGGAAUUCUUCUUCUAUUCUCAGGGCAUGCGCUGCUUUUGCUUUGCUGCAGUUCACCAUCCCAGGCGGCAGGCAUGCAAUGCACCAUGCCAGCCUCAUGCAGAAAGCAGGAGCUGCACGGGUCCUACGUGCCGCUGCCGCUGCAGCAACAGCACCGAUUGAAGCCAAAAUCUUUGCAAGGAUAGUGCUUCGGAACCUCGAGCAUCACCAGGUAGAAGCUUCAGCGUAGAAUCUUCAAACAUAUAUAACAACCUCAACCCAGCAAUCAGUGAAGGUUCAUCUUAAACUCUGUUCUACAUCAGCCUGAAGGAUACUGUAUGUAGAUAUGUUCUGCUUCGAGUUAAAACCCAAAUUCUCGAGACUCUAAACGCUACCAUGGCUUGAAUUUUGAGUUUGGUCUUUUCUCCAUGGAAGCAGAUCUGGUUAAUCUUAGGUUUGGGUUUCUUGAGAAUUUGGAGACAGGAAUGAUUUGGGCUUUCCCCUCUUAGGUAAUUAAGGUGGUUUGCUUAGUUUGUGUUGAUGAGAUAUGAGUGUGAAUUUUCAAUUUUUUCUGUUCUUUUAUCUUAUGGUGUACUAAAAGAGAAGGUACUGGGGUGUUGUAAGAGACCAGUAUCCACCAGUUUUGCAUCUGUAUUCAUUGUUACAUUGUGUGUUUUAUGAUAUAAUUAUAUUAUAAACGCUGACAGAUAUGAUGUGGAUUAUCUGCGAGGUAGGUUGACCUGGUGA